UCAGACCGUCAGGGCGUCAGAGCGUGACGUAGGUUCCAUUGAAGAGCUCCGGUCCCGGAUGUGGAGCGUGUUCUGUAAUGGGUGAAUCAGCAGGAGUGUCUGAUGUGUUCAGACUGACAUCGGCCCUGCGGGGGGCUGAAGCUAAGAACUGGCAGGAUACAUCAGGAAACAUGUUCUUAACCGAUAACCGACCCUCGUUAACCCAUUAUUAACCGUUAACCCAAUGUCUGUGUGUGUGUGUGUGUGUGUGUGUGUGUGUCUGUGUGUGUGUGUGUGUGCUAUGAUGGCAGGUGUGCUGAAGAAGUGACUGACGGCUCUCAGUACUUCGUGCUGCUGAUGAUCACAGACGGCGUCAUCUCAGACAUGGCUCAGACCAAAGAGGCCGUGGUCAACGCAGCCUCCCUGCCCAUGUCCACCAUCAUAGUCGGAGUGGGUCCUGCUGAGUUUGAUGCUAUGGAGGAGCUGGACGGGGACGAGGUCCGAGUGUCCUCCAGGGGACGCUUUGCUGAGAGAGACAUCGUCCAGUUCGUUCCUUUCCGGGACUACAUCGACCGGUCGGGGAACCAGGUCCUGAGCAUGGCCCGGCUGGCUAAGGACGUCCUGGCGGAGAUCCCCGACCAGCUGCUGUCCUUCAUGAAGAGCCGGGGGAUCGAUCCCCGGCCCCCGCUGCCCGCCACCUCAGACUCCCCCUCAAUGUCCUCCACCAACACCACCACCACCACCGCUGCACCCAAGGCACGCACCAUGCACGCCUGAGACCAGGGCGGCCAGCGGAGCAAAGGGAGAUGUGUGAGUGUGUGUGUCUCUCUGUGUGUGUGUGUGUGUGUGUGUGUGUGUGUGUUGCAUGGUUUCAGGGUUGGUCGACAGGAACCGAGUCAAGAUUAUGAAGACGGUUUCCACAGUUCAUCACCAGACGUGUUGUUCCUCCAACAACAUCUGGACUGGAAGUGUAGAAAACACACUUCUGAUCCUUGUAAGGUUCCUGGUUGGAUCUUCUGUCAGCAGCUCACGAUGCAGGUUAACACACAACUCUGCAGCUACCCACAAACUAUAUUUAACCCCUGAUCACUAUUUAAACUGAAGGCUUCAGAUGUAGUUUUCUCUCAGGCGUUAGUUCCAACACGUCAAAUAAAACCACUGAGAACACCAGUUCUCCUCCGAGGUGGAGUCUCCAGCUCCGUCCUCCUCACUGGUCCUGCUCACGGUGAUGAGAGUGUCUGCUCUGAUACAUCCUGGAGCAGCCGGCCCAUUGAUUUCUAUCCGUUGUAAAGGAAGAUGGCCCCGAGGCUGACGUCCUGUCCUUGUUUCUUUACUCUCAGGGCAUUUUAAAGUAACAGUAACGGUAACGGGGGAUCUGGAAACACAGGAGCAGAAAUGAAAUGCUGUCCUGGUUGUGAACAUGAACAUGUAUGCUGUAUAUUUCUGUAUGCUAAACAUGAAAUUCAAAUGUGUUUUUUAUGUAAAGUGUGGGGGGGGGGGGGUGCUCCACAUUUCAAGGUCACCAUUCAGAGACUGAGCUAAACUAAUCCGGCUGAAGGGAGGCGCCUCCUGAAAGCAGGGAAUAUAUAUGAGCAUGAAAUAGUCUGGGGAUGGAGAACAGACUGAAACAUCCUCCUCUUCCUCCAGCCAGCGGGACAAUUUAACAAUACCGGGAGACUCUUUCAGCCCCGGUCCGACGCUGAACAGAACCAUGCCUGUGCUCUGCUGUCCCCCUCGUCCUCGUCCUCUCUCAGCCGGCUGUCACUGGGGAUGAAUCAUUCAUGAGGUGGCUGCCUCUGCUUCUCCAGCUGUCUGGAGCAUGUACCUGUUUCAAAUGAAGAGAGUUUCACAACACAGAAAUACUUCAUAUGUAGCAGAGAAUGAGUGGAAGUGUCGGGGUCACCUUUACUUUCCUUCACUUUUUACUGGAGAGAAGACGCCAACAAAACCAGUGACACAUGGAGAGAGGUUUGGUUUGGUGUGCGGCGCUGCAGGGACGUCACUCCAGACUGGUGCACUUCACAGUUUCCCCUUAUCAGUUCUGCUGUUUGAUAUACUGUAUGGCUGCUCAUCAGCUGCUCAUCAGCUGCUCAUCAGCUGCUACUGUAGAGAGAUGCACCGAUCACACUUUUUAAGUCCCGAUACCGAUACCGAUACCGAUACCUGGGCUUUGGGUAUCGGCCGAUACAGAGUACUGAUCCGAUACCAGUGUUUGAUUAAUCAGCUGUAUGCCUCACUAAGUAGAAGUCACUGUUCUGUUAUGUUAGAGGCAACAUCAGGCUGGACUUAAACAUCGUUUUCUUAACUUUAUAAAAGAAAAUGUAACAAAUUAUUUUUUAUUUUUUAUUUUAUUUAUACAAAUUUAAUUUUGUAAUUAUUAUUAAAAUAGUAAAUUAUACACAAGUAACUUGAUAAAGAAAUCAAAAUCAACAGGAUUUACUAUUCAGUGUAAACAUUUUUAAUGCAGCAAAAAAUUGGUCAAAAUUGAAACAGGAAUUAAAAUCCCAGUCUAUAAUGUGUACAGGAUAUAAACAUAGAGUAGAAUGGAAUAGAUGGGAUCCAUUGUCACCGAUACCCGAUCCAGCUAUUUGAGUCGGUAUCGGCCCGAUAUCCGACCCGGUAUCGGUGCUUCUCUCCUACUGUAGAAACAGACCUCUGUUGUGUGUGCAUGAAUGAUUGAAACAGUGAGCUUCAGUAGAAACCCUCAGAUCCAUCUGACUGUACCAGGCUGUGCUUCAUGUUCCUCACAUACAGUUAAAUAAAACCUUCCUGUUGACUUAGUGAACGAGUAAAGAGGAGCGGUUCAACCUAGCAGCAUCACAAACCAUUGGAUUAUUAAGCAUGUGUCAUAUUGUCUCAGAAAGGAAAUGGAUAUGUGGCCUUAUUCCUGUCAUAAUCCUACAGGUGUGUGCGAGGGAGGACUCUAUUUUUAUAUGACGAAAUAGUACAGAUAUGUUAUUUUGCAUGCUUACUGGGCUGAUAUGCUGCCAAUGAUUGUAUUUGUUCUGUAUCUUUAGACUUCAAACAACAUUCCUACAUGUGUUGACUUGUGCUCUUUCUAUUUCUACGUCAGUGUGUGCAGUCUCCCUGAAGGAACUGAUGUAAUAAUCCAAAGCAUAUACUGUCUGAGAUCCACCGAUAGUAGGAUAGGUCUGUACCACACAGUGGAAACAUGCAUGUGAGUGUGUGUGUGUGUUAUUAUGGUCAACAAGUACACCGACCCAGUGCCAAGUACACCGGGACACACUACUGCCCCGGUCUCAACACGCUCUCACUAAUGCCCCCCCGGUCACAGCACGCUCUCAUCCCAACUCGUCACAUACCGCCGCUUUGGUGUCCCUUCAUGUUCGUCAUUAAAACCACUCUCGUUACGUUAUGUAAAGAACUCGUUACGUUGAGUAAAGAACUUGUUACGUUAAGUAAAGAACUCGUUACGUUCAGUAAAGAACUCGCUACGUUGAGUAAAGAACUUGUUACGUUAUGUAAAGAACUCGUUACGUUGAGUAAAGAACUCGUUGCGUUAAGUAAAGAACUCGUUACGUUAAAUAAAGAACUUGUUACGUUAAGUAAAGAACUCGUUACGUUCAGUAAAGAACUCGCUACGUUGAGUAAAGAACUUGUUACGUUAUGUAAAGAACUCGUUACGUUGAGUAAAGAACUCGUUACGUUAAGUAAAGAACUCGUUACGUUAAAUAAAGAACUCGUUACGUUGAGUAAAGAACUCGCUACGUUGAGUAAAGAACUCGUUACGUUGAGUAAAGAACUCGUUGCGUUAAGUAAAGAACUCGUUACGUUAUGUAAAGAACUCGCUACGUUGAGUAAAGAACUCGUUACGUUGAGUAAAGAACUCGUUACAUUGAGUAAAGAACUCGUUGCGUUAAGUAAAGAACUCGUUACGUUAAGUAAAGAACUCGUUACGUUAUGUAAAGAACUCGCUACGUUGAGUAAAGAACUCGUUACGUUGAGUAAAGAACUCGUUACGUUGAGUAAAGAACUCGUUACGUUGAGUAAAGAACUCGUUGCGUUAAGUAAAGAACUCGUUACGUUAUGUAAAGAACUCGCUACGUUGAGUAAAGAACUCGUUGCGUUAAGUAAAGAACUCGUUACGUUGAGUAAAGAACUCGUUACGUUGAGUAAAGAACUCGUUGCGUUGAGUAAAGAACUCG